GAUGCGCCGCAGCCGCCGCCGCCACCGCCACCGCCACCGGCCGCCUCGACCCGGCGGCGGGCGGGGAAGAGCAGAGCGGCAGCCGUCGCCCCGCACCGCUGAGAGGCGCUGAGGGGAGGGCGAGGGGGCGGCCGCUCCCCGCACGGGGGGAACAAAGAGGCGGGGGCGCUCCCUGGGUCCUCCAGCACUCAUCUGCGUGAAUCGGCAAAUGACGGCCAGGGAGCUGUGUGAGGAGCUGAGCGUCAGCUCCGGUGCGUUGGGAAUGGUGGUGGCGAUGUGGGACUGUCGCCAGGUGGGUCCCACGAAUGCUCACGCGGGAACAGAAAGAACACCGCGUGUGUGUUUGCCAGGACCUACUGAACCAGUAUGAGGCCGAAGGGGACAGUUUGCUGGGGCGCAUCAUUACUGGAGAUGAGACGUGUUGCACCGCGGAGGUGAGGGGAAGCAAAGGAAUCCCUCCCGCCGCCCCACGGCCGCCGGCAGUCGGCGCCCGCCGGACCUCGCGGAGGAAGCGGUCCUCCCGCCCUACAGGGGGCGCUGCGGCGCGGCGGGCGGAGCAAGGCGACGGGCUGGAAGAAACAUUACUGAUUAGUCCAAAGCCUAGCAGCAAGAAGGCUACGACUUUACAGACAGUUAGGAUGCCAAGGAGUAAUGUUUUGGACAGAGUACAGAGCUUUUUACCGCAGAUGGCGCAUGCAAAUGAUGAGCUAAGAAGAAAAAUGGUAACAGCACCAGCUCAUCAGUUUGAUAUCGAAAAUCUCAGCAGUGCCACAGAGAAAGUGAUAGAAAUGGUAAAUACUAUGUUUUUGGUUCUGCGAACUCCACUUCGAACGUGGCUGUAGUUGAACUGAGUGAUUCUGAUACAGAUGAAGAGAAUCUAACUUCAGAAGACGACUCCGAAUCUGAAGAUGACUGUAUAACUGGUGAAGUGACAAUAGACAACAUUAAGUUUCCUAAACCAAAGGGAGAAAAGGGCAAAAUAGAAAUUUUGGACAGCAAAGUGAAUGAGUGAACCCAUUUUUAUUAUAUUAAAAAAAAAAAAAAAAAAAGCAAACCACAUUUUCUUACUUUGAAGACUUCACCCUUAAACGGCCUUGUUUCACAUUGUGAGAUUCCCCAGGAUCCCAUGAAAUGCUAUCGUUUACGUGGUGGAGUUCUCAGGAUCCACUCGACUCUGAAGUGAGCCACACCUCUGAAGAAUUAAGUAAUGUCUUAUUCGUCAAACAACAGGGAAAUUCCAAGCUUCCUUGUGAAGUUGGACUAAAAGCAGCUACAAGUUGAGACUAUUGAGCAGAAAGGCGUACUGCAGUGCUAGUUAAGUAAAUUCUUCUCUUCAUUUGUUGAAGAAAGAUUUUUGUAGUGUGCUUAGAAUGAAGUUUUGCUUCGAGGGCAGGAAAGAAAUGACAACGAAAAAACUGUUUUUUAUUAUGUCCUGUAAAGUGUUAAUGUACAAUGUCUUCAAUAUUAAAUGUUACCUUAAAGUA